UAUUCGAUUCGAGCAGGCUUCGAGAACAGUUUCAUGGGAAGACUUCGACUUUUUAAAAUUCAUACGUGAUUUCACCAUCAUUAUCACAAGUAAACUCAACAUAAACACGAGAAUUUCUAAGUAUGGAUAACUUAACAUUAGGGGGACUGCUCGAAUACGAGAGCGGCAAAGACGAGAGCUGCAGCGGUAGAAAUUCCUUUGACCUGUACGUGAACUUCCUGUGGAUCUUCGUCGGCAUUUACGUUCUGUCCCAGCUGAACAAACUGUCUGAGCGCCUCAUUGGCCAGCGGCUACUCGGCUUGAAGCAAUGGUGCGAUGUCCGCUCAAUCAAAAACGAAUGGGAGCUGACCCUGCAGCUUUACGAGAAGGACAAACGCCAGCUGGACGCACAGGUGCGGGAGCUGCGCCAAAAGAACCUCAAUAUGGAGCGCGUUAUAAACGAUUUGCGCGACUGCAACAUACACCUGAUCAGUGAGAACUUUAUGCGAUCCGUGAUGCAGGAACAGAAGCCGAGGCCAGCCCAGUCCAACAUCUACAUCACCAACAGCCACUUCCACCUCACACGACAGGUGUUCGUGAACAAGAGUCUCGAUGUGCAUAAUGCCGGCAGAACGGAUCUCGACUCCAUGGACUCGAUGGCGACCGGAGAGGGACUGAAUGUCUGGCUGCAGUACCUAAAGAUGCGAAAGUACUAUGUGGGCCCGAUUGCCGAUCCAAAUUUGAUAGCUCCCAGCAGCCCCGAGCAUAUGCAACCCAUUGUUAUGACAACUGAGCAGUUGGCCAGGUUGCAGGGCAUGAUCUAGUUGAUUUAACUUUAAACGCGAAUAGCAAUUGUUGUUGUUAUAUUAAUCAAAAUACAAAAAAACACCAUAAAAAUAUAUAUUUAAAUU